AUUCUCAUUGCUGUUUGCUCUCGCGUCUGCGCCUUGGAACCGCUGACAGGUCGGGGAGAAUCAUUGUUGUGCAGUUGCAUCCAUGACAGCAUUCGGUGAAAGUGGGCGAAGCCAGAGCGGAGCGCUUCCAUAAGACAUAAUCAUAACACUAAUUCCCUCCGUUCGCGCACACAUGUCUACGGAGAACCGAACAAUCUGAUAUUGUACUGCUCUGCGUCGACUGUGUGCCCGCAAUAAGUAAGUGCUCGUGGCCAAAAUCAAUGGGGCUGCUCUGAACGCCAGCCAUUAUCAGUACCAAGUGGCCGGGCAAGGAACGCCGGCCGAUCCCCAGAUCGCUCACUUAUUGCUGCAAGACUCGGAUAUGGUGAGGGCAUGGGGCACCAACUUGACCGCAGUAAGCUGGGCCCAUGCGGUCAACAGCCAACAGCUGCUGGACGAGGUCCUCACAGAAGCAGCUAACAUCGACUUUAUCGAGGCGGACAUUGUUCUGGGCAAGCUAAAUGGCGAGGGCGAGGACCUGCCCGUAAUGGCCCAUCCGCCAGCAGUCGUCUCCGACCUCACGCUAUCGGACUUUCUUAGCCAGAUCAUGGAGUUCAACCGGAACCACGGGGGCCGGGAAAAGGGAGUCAAGCUCGACUUCAAGUCGAUCGAGGUCUUCGAGGGCUCCCUGGACAUUCUGGACGAGAGCAUUCCUAGCAUGAGCUACCCCGUUUGGAUAAACGCCGACAUCCUAAGUGGACCCGUAGAGCAAAAUAAAACCGUGCCUGUGGAUGCGGACCGCUUCUUCGCCGGCUGCAUGCGCUAUAAGAAAGCGGCACUCUCUAUCGGCUGGACAACCAACUGGGGCGCCGACUUCCGCGACGGCGAGUACACGCAGGACCAAUGCAAUGCUAUGCUAGAAUCCCUGACCGCCAACAAUGUCCUCUCCACCGGUCAGGCCAUAACCUUUCCCGUCCGCGCUGGAAUCGCGGCCAACAGCCAGGAGCAGCUACACCGACUGGUUGCCGCGGUCAACGAGACGAACGAGAGCACCUUGACGAUUUGGUCGUCCGCCGGCGACUAUGUGGAUGUGGAAAAGUUGCGCCAGCUCAUCUUCGGCUUCGGGCUGGAACGAGUGUACCUGGACGUGCCGGAGGAGCUGGCCUCGCAGUUGGAUCUGGGAAAUCCAGGCAACGGCGCCAGCACCUUCAAGUCUCUGUUCAGCUUUAGCUUUGUCAGCCUUUGCUUUUGGGCUUUGUCCAGCUGGUUGCAGCGCAUAUAAGAGUGUUGAGUGGCUCAAGAAGGUACAAUUGCCAAAGCGAAUUAAGAAAGUUGAUACAAGAUCUUAAAUAUUGAAAUGCGUGAAAUAAAGAGUUCUACUUUAGUA